AACAUGGGUGCAAACACGACAAGAAAAGAUCAGCUCGUCGAAGGUCCUCGAGCACGUAAACCAAAGAAGAGUCCCAGCGAGAAGGCGCCCCCCAGCAACAAUAGUGCCACCAGCAGUGCUGUAGCCGGUGCUCUAGCCGACGACAAACGACCACGGACGGCUUUUAGUGGGCCGCAACUGGCGAGACUGAAGCACGAAUUCGCCGAGAACCGGUACCUCACGGAACGCCGCCGUCAGCAGCUGAGCGCCGAACUGGGGCUAAACGAGGCCCAAAUCAAAAUAUGGUUCCAGAACAAACGGGCCAAAAUUAAAAAGUCUUCCGGCCAGAAGAACCCACUGGCCCUGCAGCUGAUGGCCCAGGGACUGUACAACCACUCCACGAUUCCGCUCACCCGGGAGGAGGAAGAACUUCAGGAAAUGCAAGCAGCUGCCCAGGCGGCGGCCGAAUCGCGAAUCGGUUCCUCGCCGGCUAGUGGUUAGCGGCGUCCCCUCUCGAUGGGGAGACCAUUUUGUUAGAGUUAGGUUUGUUUAACUUUGGCAAUAGGCGGCACUCGGAUACCAGACUUUUCUUUAGAUUAGAAUUUUGAGUAUGAGUGGAAGCGAAAUAAAACCAUCUGUGAUACCUUAAUGUUAAUCAAAUGCGACAGUUUAGGUAAUGUACUUUAUUAGUGGAAGGAAUAUAUUUUGAAUGUUGUCUGAUUUUUCAGUGUAGUGAUUUUGAACUAACUUUUUAUUGAAAUGCUAACCAAUUAACAUCAAUCGGCGUAUGGCUUGUUAUGUGUUUCAGGCUACUACAAUACUUAAGUGUAGUUAAUUUCAAUCAGCUGAAUAUAAACGAGAAGACUUGUUGUAAAAACUUGUAAAUAAUUGACUUACUUAUUGUCGCAAGCAAAUAUAUCCAAUCAAGAAGAAUAGGGCAAUUAGGAAUAAUCUAUUUAUUAUGUUUGUAAAUACUGAAACUGCUUCAAAGAAAGUUAUUAAUAAUAAUCACUGAAUUGA